AUGCAAUCUUUUGAUGUCUUCUGUGCUGAGGAGAUGCUCAGACAGAAGCGUAAAGGAGUUGAAGUGCCCUCGCCUGCUCAACCCUACGAGCACUAUCUCUGGCACCGUGAAGCCAGACGACGCUGGGAUUUACUCAGGGGUGAAGAGAACCAUUCCUCUUUACCAGACGAGUACAAAAGUGAUACCGAGACAGUGGUUAGUGGUAUUAUGAGACGUAACCCGUCGGAAGAAUCUCGUACCGUUCCCCAUGUGUUAAAUUCAGAAAACGAAGUACGGGCAAUUCUUUCUUCCCUGGAACUGUUAUUGCGUCUUUUUUUCCUUGACCCAAAGGACAAGGUUUUACUGGCUGCAGUUGGGGGAUUUCGAACUACUGUGAGUGAAUUGCGGAGUAAAGGUCUUCUGGGAUGCAAGAAUGGGGGUUGUCCGGAGGUUUAUAUAUUGUACGAGUUGUUUUCUUUUAGAAAACUUCUUUUACAAUGGAUUAGAUUAAACACAGAACAACAGAAAGCCGCUCUGGAAACAGCGAUAGCGCUUGUGAGUAAAAUAAGGUCACCAAAAUACACUGAAUUGGAGACUCUACUAAAGGAAGUAAGAGCAAAAUCCUCCUUAUUUUCAGAAUAUCUUGAAAAUAUACUUCAUUGCUUAACUCAAGCUUCUCUUGAUACUCCAUAUGCCUUUCCCUCUGUAUGUUCUGAUGUUAUGGAAGCAGUUUACCACCACUUUACAGGUCCUUCUGGAAUACUGUUACCUGAAGUCAGUUCACAAGAAUCAGGAGCAGCAGGUAAUGAUAAGACUGCUUCCCCAGGUAGAGUUUCUGUUGGUAAUGUGAUUGGGGUUAGUCGUUUAACUCGAAAACGACCAAACUCUGAUUCCCUGGUAAGAGAAGAAAAAGUUUAUAACCUUAAACACAAUACUAUCGUCACAGGAACGGGUCAUAUUUCUUGCUAUUCUAGGUAUCAUGCGCGGUACUCUACUCCGGAAAAACAUGCCAGCAAAGAAUGUCAGUUUUGUGUUGUGUGUCACAUGAUGGAAACAUUAUUUAAUGGAUAUACAGGUAGUUGCUGCUGGUCUCAUGCUCCAACUCAGCGAAAGAUAACAUUUCACCUUAAGCGUUACCCAGAAGUUUAUGAUGCAGCAAUGCAACGGUUUGCUAAACUAGAAAGAGGUGUAGUGUUAGAACCCUAUGGUAAUGUUCCGUUGGGUUGA